AUGGAAGAAGAAGAGCCAAGAAAUUCUCAAGCAAUUCGUAAUUUAAAUAAAGGAAAAAAUCAUUUAGAAGCAACUGAAAAAAAAUUUAUUGUUAAUGUUAAAAAAAAAAUUGAAACAAAUAACAAGGAUUAUAUAUGGAAUAUGGUUAAAUUACUUGCUAUAAGUCGGAAUUUUUCAAAAAGAAUUACAAUUGUUAAAGCAAUUUUAAAAUCUAUUUCACUUGAAACUGCUUCAUUAAUAAGGGGAAAUUUGAAUUCCCCAACCAUGAGAUAUUCUGGUUUUGCUUUAAGAAAAAUAAAGAAACGUGUUAAAAUUGCUGAAAAACAUAUAAUGGCUGUAGAUUUUAAAAAAUUAAUAGCUGCCAUGGAAAUGAAAGAGGAAAUAAAUAGUGAUACAAUUAAUAAUAUUCUAAGAAACAUUGAAGAUGAUGGGGAAAUUGAAAGUGUUGUUGAUAAAAUAUUAAAUGAUUUGGGAAUAAAUCUUGACAACAACUUUAGUAAUUUAUUAAAAAAGUCACUAAUUGAAUCAUUAUAA